CUGAAUGCCAGGAUGGUGGACAGUAGUUGAUAGUCCCGAAGUCACGUUACGGGUAGAUUCGGAGUUUCGAGGGAGGAAGUGUAGCGCGUUAACGUAAUCAUAUGCUUUUCUCAUAGUUUACGUGUUAGUCAUAUCGCACACAAACGCAGAUAACUUGAGCAUGGCCUCUGUUGCGCCUGAAAUCCGAGGUCUUCUGACUGAAGAGGAGGAAGAAUCUAGAAUCCUGAGACUCAAAAUAAUUUCUGGAAUGGGACUGGCCAAGAAGGAUAUCUUUGGAGCAAGUGAUCCGUACACAAGAGUCUCACUGUAUGACCCUGUGAAUGGGGAUCUCAUCAGUGUUCAGACAAAAACCAUUAAAAAGUCAUUGGAUCCGAAAUGGAACGAAGAGUUCUAUUUCAAAGUUCACCCUCGCAAGAAUCGACUCCUGCUGGAGGUGUUCGACGAAAAUCGCCUGACGCGGGAUGACUUCCUGGGACAGGUGGACAUUCCCCUACAACACAUUCCGACAGAAAAUCCUAACACUGAAAGGCCAUACACAUUUAAGGAUUUUCUCCUUCAUCCAAGAAGUCACAAGUCCCGGGUCAAGGGUCAUCUGCGGCUCAAGAUGACAUACUUACCCAAGGCCAACUGCUCUGAGGAGGAGAGUACGGAACAGAGUGAGGAGUCUGAACCUGGCUGGGAGCUCCUGGAGAACCAGGACACGUCGGGCCCUCAGCGCUGUCACCCGCUGCCUGCGCUGCCCCCUGGCUGGGAGGAACGGCAGGACAACCUGGGGAGAACCUACUACGUCAACCACGAGACCAGGACCACCCAGUGGCACAGGCCCAUCGUCCAGAGCAGCCAGCAGGAGGCGGAGCAGCGGCAGACCAUCCGCAUGGAAGCGCAGUACGCCUUCACUGCCCGGCGACAGAUCUUAGAUCAUGACGAGGGUAACGAGCGGCGGGAGUCGCCAGAGAGCUGGGAAAUCAUCACAGAAGAAGAGACGGCGAUGCUGGGCAUUCAGAGCCAGGUCUCGCCCGCUCCGACCCUCUCCCCACCGGAGACCUACUCCGUCUGUGAGCGUCUGAGUCAUCUGCAGGUCUCUGAGUCGGUGCACGGCAGCCGGCACACCUCCCUCACGCAACACUCCAGUGUUGGAAUAUGUGGCCAUGUAAUUUCGAGGGAGGAGCUUCCUGUUCAGCCUAUGAUGCUGCCGGUGUCCACGAGCCUGCCAUCAGGGUGGGAGGAGAAACGAGACACCAAAGGCAGGGUUUACUACAUCAACCACAACAGCAGAACCACCACGUGGAGCCGGCCGAUCACCCAGGUGACUUCUGUGGCAAUGCAGACAGCAACGUCCCCCCAGCCUUCCCUGGGACUCCGUGGGCAGGAAGGCAUGCCUGCAGGCUGGGAGAUCCGCUGCACCUCCAACGGCCGGCCCUUCUUCAUCGACCACAACACCAAGACCACCACUUGGGAGGAUCCCAGGCUGAAAAUACCUGUCCAAAUGAGAAAGCGACCUUCUCUGGACCCUUCUGACCUUGGUCCACUCCCACCUGGAUGGGAGGAGAGGCUUCACAGUGAUGGAAGGAUCUUCUAUAUAAAUCACAGCACCAGGACCACACAAUGGGAUGAUCCCAGGUUACAGAAUUCUGCCAUAACUGGACCAGCUGUACCUUAUUCUAGAGACUACAAGCAGAAGUAUGAGUACUUCCGCAAAAAGCUGAAGAAACCAGCCGACAUCCCCGACCGCUUCGAGAUGAAGAUCCGCCGCAGCGCGUUGCUGGAGGACUCCUACCGGCGCAUCGUGUCCGCCAAGAAGCCCGACUACCUGAAGGCCCGCCUGUGGAUCGAGUUCGAGGGGGAGAAAGGGCUGGACUACGGGGGCCUGGCCCGGGAGUGGUUCUUCCUCAUCUCUAAGGAGAUGUUCAACCCUUACUAUGGGCUGUUUGAGUACUCUGCCACGGAUAAUUACACGCUCCAGAUAAACCCGAACUCGGGGGUGUGCGACGAGGACCACCUGUCCUACUUCAGGUUCAUCGGGAGAGUGGCUGGCAUGGCCGUCUACCACGACAAGCUGCUAGACGCCUUCUUCAUCCGGCCCUUCUACAAGAUGAUGCUGCAGAAGCCAAUCACCCUGCAGGACAUGGAGUCCGUGGACAGUGAGUACUUCAACUCCCUGAAGUGGAUUCUACAGAAUGAUCCAACAGAUCUGGAUCUGACGUUCACAGUGGAUGAGGAACAGUUCGGCCAGACUAACCAGCACGAGCUGAAGCCGGGAGGAGCUGACAUUGUGGUCACUGACAGAAACAAGGCAGAAUACAUCCACCAGGUUAUUCAGUGGAGGUUUGUGAACAGGAUACAGAAGCAGAUGACUGCUUUCAGGGAGGGUUUUGCCGAGCUGAUACCCCUGGAUCUCAUUAAGAUAUUUGAUGAGAACGAGCUGGAGCUGCUGAUGUGUGGCCUGGGAGAUGUGGACGUCAAUGACUGGAGGGAGAACACCAAGUACAAGAACGGCUACAACGCCAACCAUCCCGUCAUUCAGUGGUUUUGGAAGACGGUGCUGCUGAUGGACGCCGAGAAGCGUAUCCGCCUGCUGCAGUUCGUUACGGGCACCUCCCGCGUGCCCAUGAACGGCUUCGCCGAGCUCUACGGCUCCAAUGGACCACAGCUGUUCACCAUUGAACAGUGGGGCACACCAGACAAGCUGCCCAGAGCUCACACCUGCUUCAACCGCUUGGACCUGCCCCCUUACGAGUCGUUUGAGGAUCUGAGGGAGAAGCUCCACAUCGCCAUAGAGAACACGCAGGGUUUCGAUGGAGUGGAUUAGCAGGCGUGGCUGAGACACUGAUUUUGGCCAGGGUGACCAUGGAAACCCAGGUUCUGCAAGUGAGAGUGGAUGGGGCAGAACGCCAGGGGCCCAGACAGGUGCAGCACACCUGCCCCUGAUUAGAAUGUGUCCCAGAAAUGCAGGUGGUGGUGGCCUGUUUCCAGAACACUCUCCAAAAAAAAUCCCCACUGCCACAGCAGUUGUGGAGUGGAAUUAAAUGAAGAACCUCCACAUGAGAGUGUUCUCUGAUUGUCUCUUUACUGAAGUUUACAAAGCAAAGGCCUGAAUUCAGCUGUUCUAAAUUGAGAUUUGUGUUUCGUUUACAUAUUUACCAGGGUGUUUCUAUUUGUUGUUGCUUAUGAAAAUGCUUUGAGUUUGUGGGUUAUGUUAUACAUGCAAAAAAAGUUAGUUGUUACUUUGUUAAUCAGUCUUGAGGAAAAAAGCAGUUUAAUCCAGGCUGAUGUUUGUGCACCUGUGCAUACUUUAAUGUGCGUAUAUGCAUGUAUACACACACCUGUACUGACAUGUAGGGAGAGUUCUGUAUCAGCACACUGAUACAGAUAUUGUAUUUUUAUAUACACUUAUACUGUGUAUCUUUGAAUAGGUCUACUGUUUUGAAGGAUGUACAAGUUGUAGGAGAGCAGGGGCUGAAUUGUGGGGGUAGGCCUUAUGCAGUCGAAACACCAGCCCUGAUGUCCUGUGCGUUAUCAGAGUUACCGGUCGCUCUACUUCACAGGAGCACCGGUGAGCCCCUCAGAAUCUUACAGAUUUGUAUUUAACCAAUCAGAUCAAUGCACCCGUUCCUCAAGGAUUCGCCAAACCACUGCACUCUCCAGCUUGCGCAUGUGCUGUAUGCGUGCAGCGUCGGUCAGCGUAUUGUCUUAGUGGCAUCCAUAUCCGUUUGUAAGUACAGAUUACAAAUGCUGCAGCUUCUCAGAAAGUGACCUCCGCAGUGGUACAUUUGCUUUGCUUUGGAGUUGUGUUGCAUCUGCGUUACAUCUGUGUUGGUGUAAGUCGCUCUGAGUAGCGUAACAGUGGCAGCAUGUCAUUGUACAGUAGGAGAGGAAGAGAGACCUUUCACCGGUUAACUGUCCUGAGCCUGUUCUGAACUAUUUGUCAUUAUUUAAGGAGCGUGUUACUGUAAAGA